AAGCUGGAUUGUAAAGCCAAGCGAAGGGUGAACAUGUCGUCCAAGGCCGAGGAAUCCAUCGACGAGUCCAUCAAUGCGUUUCAAGCCGGACACUUCGUGAUUGUUGCGGACGGAGCUGAUCGCAAGAAUGAGUGCGAUUUGGUUUUUUCUGCGGACCAAGCAACAACUCAGGCGAUGGCUUUUGCCAUCCGAAAAGGAUCAGGAAUCGUAUACGUUGUUUCCAAUAAGGAUGCCUUGCAACAUUUUGGCUUAUAUCCCGCAACAACAGUGAACAGCGAUCGGUUUUCCAUCGGUGCAUAUGUGUCGACGACAUUCGUGCCUGGGUCCUCCAACGGCUUAUCGGCAGCAGACAGGGCUGCCACAGCACGGGCGCUUUGCAACCGUUCCAACACCCCGGAUGCGUUUUCCAAACCAGGCCACAUGUUUCCGGUUGCAUCACAUGCAGACGGAGUAUUGGGGCGUCCUGGCCACACGGAGGCAGCAUACGACCUUUGUCGGCUUGCUGGUCGAAUGCCGGUCGCUUGUCUAACCGAGUUGACCAAUGAAGAUGGGACGAUGUUGCGAUGGCAAGGAGCCGUGGAAUUCGGCCAGAAGCAUGGCAUUCCUGUUAUCACAGUUGAUCAGAUCAUGCGCCGAAGGCAGAUGUCGCCGGAGUUUCCAAAUGCGCCAAAUCCAGACAGCAUCCCCAGCAUUCGUGGGUUGGAUUUGCCAGCUUUUGACGGAUCCGGCCUGCGGAUAGCAAUCGUGGCGGCCAGAUGGAACUCGGUUGUCACCCGCAGCCUUGUGAUGGGUGCCAGAGACGCCCUUGAGUCUUGUAAUGUGCGUGACAUUACUAUUGAAUAUGUGGCGGGAUCCUAUGAGAUACCGGCCGCUGCGCAAGUACUGCUCGAGUCUCGCAAGUUUGAUGGAAUAAUUUGCGUUGGUUGUCUCACCAAGGGGCAGUCGAUGCACUUCGAGUACGUCAGCGAAGCCGUUACGCAAGGCAUUAUGCGUUUGAACUUGGACUACAAGGUGCCUGUCGUUUACGGCAUUCUCUCCGUGUUAUCUGAAGAGCAAGCCAGACAAAGAUCGGGAAUAUCGGGUGCUCACAACAGUGGCCGGGAGUGGGGUGUCACGUGCGUGGAAUCUUGCCUUUUGCGAAAGCGCUACCUUAAGGUCUCUCGACUAUGA